AUGGACGGAAGUGCCCCCCGCUCCUCAUCGCGUCCACGGCCGCCGUCCAGGCCUACGACCCCGCUUCGUCCCGGUUCACGUUCAUCGAUCAGAGAAGCACAUGGCUACGGUGCCAACAUCAGCAGUGCUGGCUACUCCCAGCCGGCCAUCAAUGCCCUGGAACCGCAAUUCGCAGAGCUGGCGGACUCGAUGGCGGAUCUCGAGGCCAAUUUCAUGCACCUGCAGCUGAUGCACGAGAGUCUGACGCGAUUCAGCGAGAGCUUCGCCAGUUUUCUCUACGGUCUGAACAUGAACGCGUUCUGCGUGGAUUUUCCCGAGGCGCCAAUAUCGGAAUCAUUUCGUAGAGCUAAGCAGGGUGAGGCCCAGAGAGAGACUGAAAUUGCUCCCCCGCAACCGGCGCACGAGGAGGAGACGACUGUUCUGUCCACAGAUACCUACGUUGAGAAAACCCCUAGUACAACCUCUUCGAAACGCGUUCCUGGCCGAGGAGCUUCUCGAGGUCCCUCCACUCGGGGCUCAGUUGGCAGUAGGUACACCAGAGGCACUGGUCGAGCCCGCCCAAGCGCGCUGCCCCGUGGGCGCGGGAUCCGGUGA